ACACACAGACACAUGUACGUACAUACACAGACACAUACAUGCACACACAGACACAUGUACACACACACAUACAUGUACAUACACACAGACACAUGUUCAGAUACACACAUGUACAUACACACAGACACCCAUACACCCCUAUAAAAAGUUGCAGGACUUCAUUGUUCACUCACAGAGCUGGGUACUGCACUCUAGGGGGAGGCAGAGAGCACAGCACACACUACUUCCUUUGCUUUCACUGCGCUCAGCUAUUGAGCAGUCUGCCGGCUCCCAGUGCCAAUGACUGAUCCGGUCUGAGCUCCGAGCCUGCUCAGCAAGAUGGCCCUGAGGAACACUUGCCCCCACCAUUAAUUCCACUCGCCAUUGGCAAGCAGGCGAGUGGAAAUCUCAAGGCCUGUAUAUA